AUGAGAAGCAGCCCUCUGCCGAGUGGUGUGAGGUUGCCUUUUCCAAGUGGCAUGAGAUAUGCGAGUACUUCAAAAGCAGAUGAAGUUGGGUCUAGUUGUAGAAAUGAUGGUUCAUCUUUUGUGGGUCAAUCUAGUCUUGGAAUUCCUUCUGUUAUGCCUUCUUUGUUUAAUCAAAUCUCUUCAUUUGGUCAAAUACCCAUAAUAAUUCCAUCGUUAACUCAAACUCCUUCGGCUUCUCAAGUCCCUUCGAAUGUUAGUUUUUCGUCGAUUCCUCAUUCUUCAUCGAUUGAUAAAGGUAAAGUUCCUGAAUCCUCUGUUCCAUCUAUUGCUUUUCCUGACAAUAUGAAUCCUAUACUGGCAUUUGCAGCUAUUUCAAAACUUGCGAAGAGGGUUGUUUAUAAUAAAGGUGAACCAGGGGAUAAAGAUUUUGGUAAGGAAAGUGAUGGUGUAAAGAGAAAACAAGGAGAUCAUUCUGGUAAGGAUGAUUAUGCUCAGGAUAAGCAGGGGAGUGGUAAAUAUGAUUAUAUUGUGUCUAGUUUUAUGGAUGAUAGAGUGUUGAAGGAGGUAGAGCAAGUUAAUUUAAAUAAUACUUUGACUGCUCAAGGUAAUGCUAUUUUGGGGCAGUCUGUUGCUGGUUCAUUUCAUGGAAAUGGUGAAGGAGUGGAAAUUUUAUCUAACUUUGCAGAUGGUCUAGGUAAUAUUUCUUUGGGUCAAAAUGUUUUGACUGAUUCUCUAGUGCAAGUGGAUCAGGUUACUCCUGUUUCUGAAAUUGCUCAGAGUGUAGCUGUGUUGAAUUCUGGGGAGGCGGGAUUUCAGAGGUUGACUGAUCAAGAGGACUACCAGCAUGUGAAUCAGAUGGUAAUUCCUGAAGUAUCUGGUACUCAAAUUGGAUUGGAAACAAGUGAGGGGAAUGUGAGGGUUGGGAAAGAAAAUUUUGAAAUCUGCCUUUCGAAUAAGCAAGUUUCUCAAUCUGACAGAUCUGUUUUUUAUGUUGAGCAUUUUUCUAUUUUGAGAGGGUUUUCUUUGGCUUUGGAUGAUGAGCGUGGUAUGGUGAGAAAUAGAGAACCUCUUGAUAAAGGUUACUUUUUAGACUCUAGUACUAUGUUACGUAGCAAAGAGUUGAUGUGUAGAGUUGUAGCUGAUAAUGAAGGUUCUGAGGACUCUGAUGAUGUGUCUUUAGAAUUCUCAUCUGCCGAGGUGGAAAAUAGACUGAGGUCAAGAGAGGAGGAUUUGCCUAUGCAUGUUUAA